UGGGUCCGCUGCCUGUCACUCUUCGUCGAUAAUGGCUUAUUCCUUCAAAUGAAAGCCCCUUUCUUAGGCAGGUCACAAUGUUUCGCCGUUCAAGAUUUAGUGUCCGUCCUAAUGUCGGUACUGCUGGGAGAACAGCAACGAGUCAGGAACCCCCUGCUGCAAGUCAGGAUCCCAGUGAAACCCCCAAAGAAGCCAGUGAGAGCAACAGUGCAACUGAUGUGACAAGCAAAUCUGUUGUCUUCUUGUCAGAAAAAGGAGACGGAAAUGAGCCAAAUGGAGAUGGAACCAACUUGUCGGCAGCACUCCAGAGAAGGAAGCGCUUUUCCAUCAAGCCCAAAGUGGCCCCUGGUCGCCCAUCCACCCUGUCCCGGACACCAAAAUCUCCUGUCAAAGCAGUCUCUUCAGCACCUGUUGAAGUCUCCAACACAGACCUUUCCAAGCCAUCAACAUCCAGCCAAGCUGGGACUUCAACAGUCCCUCAUGGACUCCAGUCCCCAAGGCGACGGAGACACUCAGAAGACAGCAGGCAGCACAAAAUGCAGCUUGAAGUCACCCCCAUGUCCUCUGAGCAUUCAGGACCCUCCCCUAUUAAAAUAGCAGAAGAUUCCCCAGAACAAACUCUCGUGUCAGCAGACAGAAACAAUCAAGCAGAAAACAUUUCAGGCAGUCAAGUUAAAGACAUUCCUGCCAGACCACCAGAUAAAGUGCCACCCUCUUUACCAGAUAAAGAAACUUCAGAAAUUUCAGAGAAAGCUAAGACUCUUGUAUCAUCCAAAAAUGUGCUUUCACUGCCUCCGUCAGCACUUUCCUUAAGUAAACUCCUGAACAGCCCAUCAGACUUACAGAGGCUGGUCAAGGCCCAGAAGCUCAGAGAGCUGCUCAGACAGGAGCGAAGCAAAGAAAAGCAAAUUAAGAAAGAUAAAACCCGUGCAAAGGAAUUCACUUUAGAUCCCACAAAAAUGACCGUGGGAGGCUUAAUUCAUUAUCUGCCAACAUCAAACUCUAUGAUGUCUAGUUCAGAAGACUCAGAGGAUGAGACUGUGGUCCCACCCUCACCAGGAAGAGAAGAGUCUCCAGAGCGAGUACAGGAGCCUGAAGUCCUGCCUACCAAGGUGAGUUCAGGAGAAGAGGAGAUGCAUGAGGAGGAAGUGGCAGAAGAAGAAGCGGACGAAGAAGCACUCAUGGUUCCUCAGGUCAAAGUAGCCGAAGAUGGCUCACUGAUCAUUGAUGAAGAAAGCUUAACAGUGGAAGUCCAGCGAGCCAAAGGGCCAAACCCAGCUCAGGACCGCGACCCCAUCUUUGAACGUGGCUCCACUACAACUUACUCAAGUUUCAGGAAAGGGACUUACACAAAACCCUGGUCCACAGAAGAGACAGACAUGUUCUACCUGGCAGUUAGUAUGGUGGGGACUGACUUUUCCAUGAUUUGUCAGCUGUUUCCACUCAGAUCUCGAUCAGAGAUAAAGAACAAAUUCAAGAGAGAAGAGCGACAGAAUUCAUGGAGGAUUGACAAGGCUUUCGGAGAGCGGCGUAAACUGGACAAAGAGUACUUUUCUAAGCUGCUGGAGAAAGUUUUGGAGGCUCAGAAGGACAGGAAGUCGCUUUCUAGGAAAAACUCCACCAAGAGUAGCAAAACUAAGGCAAAGGGCAAAAAAUCUGAAAGGAAACUGAGCGAUGUGGAGGAGGAAGAAGAUAAUGAAGUUCCUGACUUGGAGGAAGAAGCACAGAAAGAGAAUGAGGACCAGUGUAAUGAAGGAGGAAGCCCUGCUGUUGAGUUCAAGAAGAAACGCAAAAGGAAGAAAAAAGAUGACGCAUUGACUGAGGAACUAAGUGGCAAGAAAAACAAAACGGAUGUAAAGAGCAACGAGCAAAGUGAAGCUGGAAUACCUGAAGACUCUGAGGCAGCACUUCCUGAGAACCACACAAAUUUAGACAUGACUGAAAAGACUCCAAAUGUGAAUAAAGCCAAGGACACAGCUGUCAAGCCAGCCAAGCUUUCACGGUGCAGAGCACCAAAACCACUGCUGCCUCUGGGUUUGAAAAGAGGUAAAAAGCCAGCACCUUCAACAAAGUCCAAAGAAACAGUGUCUGAGAAGGAGGAUGAGUGUGAAAGUGAUGGAGCCUCUAAAGAACAGGUAAAUAAAGAUGAAGUACCUCUAAGACAAGGCAGACAGGGGAAAUCUCCUAGUGAUGACUUUUCUUCUUCUGAAGAAGAUGCAACAGUUAAACCUCAGAAACCAACCAGAAAUUGCAGUGUCAGGAUCGGCCCUCGUCUGCAUCUGAAACUACUCCUGCCUCACCUUCUUCCUCAAAAUUUAAACCCAAAUGCACAGCCAAGAGUGGGAAAUCAUCAAAGCCCAGAAUCUAAAUAACCCAUACUUGUCACCCUGAGGUCCUCCAAAUCAGACUUCAGUGAUGAUGAGGAUGAAUGGGAGGAUGUACAUAUGCCAUUUGCGUGUAGCUCCAGUAAAGACAGCGAUGCCUCUGUGUUUGUGCCUGCCUGCAUACAUGGUGAUAUUACACAAAGUGUGAGUUUUUUUUCUAAAAUGCAAUUUUCAACCAUUCAUGUUCCUCCUAAACAUCCAUUAUAUCACACUUUGUCAACAAACCAGGUUGAGGAAAGUCCUGCCUACAUGAUAUCCAUUUCUGUUUUGCAAAAGCAUCAAUAAUAUUUAGUGACUUUAUACAGGUGAGUUCUGGGAAGAGAAAAAGGGAUGAAGUUUCAAAUCACCACAUGCUCACAGUCACUGAGGACAUGGUGAGGGAAAAUUUCAAAUUCGACUCCAAAAUCCCAGAGUGCCACUUCUGACCCCUGUACAGAGACACCUAGUGGAUGAAUAUUGACCUGACAUGAGCCAGUGUGGUAGUGACAAGAUGCCUGACCACCUACCACCUGGAAACCUACCUAAACAAAAUCGUCUUUUCAGCAAACCAGAGGUUGGUAAAAUUGUUGAUUUUUUGUUAAUCUGUUUAGUUUUAGCUUGAAGAAUGCCUAGAAAUACCUUUUAUGUUCUUUUUGGAUAAAUUAACGACUCUGAGCUAGUUUAAAAAACGAUGGUCCAAAAAUUACCCUCUGGGUGUAUAGAUAAAAAAAAAGUGGGUCAAAAAUGACCCUUUGGUUCUUUGAGUGACUGUAGAUGGAGAAUGGUGACAGUCCUGUAUUUGGCUAAAGCCUUGAAAUAAAUUUAUUUGUAUAAUAUAUUUUACUAUGUUGCAUUGGUAGUACAGCGCCAUAGACUAAUAAAGUAAAUUCCUAUAUCUUUUCAGGCAGUAUGACCGCUCCCUUUUCAGGACAGCAAAAGCAUCAGAAAGUUCACUGUUGCCGAAGCAUUGGAGCAACUUCAAGCUGAUGAUAGUGACUUUGGCCCUGAAUUGGACAGUGAUAGCGAUUCUGAUGAAUUGUUUCAACCGCAUGAAAAUGAUGGUGGUGAAUCUCCUGCCCAAGACAGUGACUUGUCCAAUGACUCGUCCAGUGAUGAAGAUGAGGUGUUUGCCGAAACUGCUAGCCCACAGAUAGAGCCAAAACAUGCUGCAAAGAAACUUACAGGUGGAGAAAGACAAACUUUGAGUUGCCUGACGUGAACUUUCAAGGCGAACAGGUUGAGUCAUACCAUGAUGCCACGACAGACACUCCACUGGUUUACUUUCAACGCUUUUUUCCCAUGAUAUGUUGAAAAAUAUUGUUGAGCAUACCAAUCAAUACAGUGUUCAAAAGUAUGGGAAAUGUGUAGACACUUCAGUAAAAGAGAUAGAACAAGUUCUAGGAAUGAAUCUCAGGAUGGGAUUAGUUCAAAUGUCUGGAGUACGUCAGUACUGGGAAAGUGAAGUUCGUUUUGGGCAUGUGGCAGAUGUAAUGAGUCGCAACCGAAAAAGUGAAGAAGAAAAAAAUGAUGAUGGUGCCUUACAAAGGGAAAUUUGGUGGCAUAAGGCAGUACAUCAAAGGGAAGCCACAUCCGUGGGGAUUCAAAGUGUGGGCACGUUGCUGUGUCACUGGCCUCUUGCAUGACUUUGACAUGUAUCAGGGAAAAGGUGGAAGCAAAACCUCAAAACUGAAAUGCACUGUGAAAAAUGUGCUGUUCCUCUCUGCAUAAACAAAAAAAGAAAUUGCUUCAAAGACUAUCACAAUGUCUAGUGUGAGUUCCUCUCUCUAGCAUAACAGAUUUUUGGAUAAGCAAAGACCCAGGGUGUUGGUGUCGUGACUUUGGUCUUGUGUUCUGGUUUCCAAUGGCCAAAGUGUGUUUGUACAUUUGAAAUCCAGUUCUAACAUGCAACAAAAAAGAAAUACAAACAUUGUUAAAUGUAGCUGUGUGGUUGACUGAUUAUUUUCCUAAAUAUAAAAUAGUUUACAUUGA